AUGGAGGCUUCCAGUGGCUAUGCCAGUAACGGCUAUCCGAAAGCUCCGAAUGGAAAGAUCAACGGCAAGAUGAACGGCCAGGCCGUGACAAUCAAGAGGAGGACAACGCCUACAAGAGGGCCCUCGUUUUUCCGCCGUUCAUUCAACAUCUUGGCGAGAAUUCUGACAUGGUAUUCCCUUAUCUCGAUCCUCUUCCGCUGUCCCGCAAACCUCGAAGCUUGCGACGAGUCCUCCCCAAAGAUUUGCAAGCCCUACUUCCAGCUGAAGCAGGCUGUAUUACCUCAUGUCGAGCCCUAUUAUGAUACCUAUGCCGCCCCCUACGUUGAGAAGGCUGCCCCCUACUACGACAUUGCCAACGAGAGGGUCUUCGUCCCUACCAAGGCUUAUGCCACAAAGUACGGCGCCCCUCGUCUCCAGCAAGCCCAGUCGUACGGCCAGGCACAAUGGGAGAAGAACAUCCAACCGCAGUUGUCUGUCUACCAAAAGUUGGCCCAAGACAAGUAUGAUCAGACAGUUGCACCACACGUUGCCAAGGCCUCCACCACCGUUGGCCCGUACUACGACAUUGCGCGCACAAGUGCUCUUCAAACCUACCACGAUGUUCUCUUCCCCUCGUACCAAUUCGUACAGCCUUACGCCGCUCAGGGCUACGCCGUCGCCUCUCAGUUUACCACCGAGACGGCUGUCCCUUCUGCCUACUGGGCAUGGAACAAGACCUACAGCUUCCUCGAUGCCACUGUUUGGCCCCAGUUCCGGGUUUUGUACAUUGAGAAUGUCGAGCCUCAGCUAGCUAGGAUAGGACAGCGUCUCGGCCGCUACAAGAACAAGACCAAGGGGUCGCUCGAAAACGUCUCCGAGAGUGCUGUGUACAGUGGUUCUGCCAAGGCUUCUUCCUUCACAAAGCCCGCGGCUUCUACGGCCUCGUCCCUCUCCUCGUCUGCUUCCUCGGUAGUUUCAUCGGCCACUGAGAAGGCGUCCACGGCCAUUGAGAGCGCUCACAUUCCCGACGCAUCCGAGGUGGCCCAACACGACCACUCUGAGCAGGUUCAUGCGCCCCCGCCUGGCGAGAAUGAGUCCGACAUUCGCAAGACCGCCAGAGAGACUGUUAUCGAAGACCUGAGCAGCUGGCAGGCCAAGUUCGCCAAGGCAGCUGACGAGGGUGCUUCUGAAAUCGAAGAUCGCGUUGAGGAGAUCUCCCAGCGCGUCAUCAAGGAGAGAGCGCAUGGACAGGGCAGAACCCUUGUCACCGAGCUUCAGGAUGCUGCCAAGUCUGAGGUUGACGCUCUGCAAAAGCAAAUCAUCAAGCUCGUCCAGAAGUCUGUUGAUGCCCCGGAAUCCGCCCAAGAUGAGCUGCUCGCCAGUGUCCGCAAGGCUGGUCUCAACGUCAAGGAGAAGGCUCAAAAGAUCCGUGCCUGGAAGGCCGAGUACGAGGCUGAAAUCGAAAGCUCCGUCUCUGAGGCGGCUGAUACCCACUUCAAGAUCCUCGAGAGUAUUCGCGAUCUUGCCCUUCAGCGUAUUGGAAUGAAGUGGGCAUGGAUGGACGGCAUCACCUACAAAGAUUGGGCCAAGUACCACGAGCUGAAGGACCGCUUCGCCGAGUGGAUGAGCGAUCUGAAGAAGCUCAUCAUCACUCAUCCCGGCCUGGAGGCAGCCCGCGAGGCUUCUAACGAAGUUGAGGAUUCCGGUAUGGCUGUCGCUCAAUCUGCAGCCCAGGAACUCGCCAGGCUCAAGCAGGUCGGUCUCUGGAAGCUCGCUGCAAAGGACUCCUCCGACAACUUCGACAGUGAGACGGCGCGCCUUGCUGCCGAGGAAGCCGACCGUGCGCGUGAAGCUGAGAUCGCUGCUGCUGAGGCCGCCAAGCUUGCUGAGGCCUCUGCUGCUGAAGCUGCCGCCACCGCUUCCGAAGCAAUCUCCAUCCCCGAGGAAGAUCCUCUAGAGUCUGCUGCCAGCGUCAUCGAAGACAAGUCCCCCGCCUCCAAUCUCAACGAGGCCGGGGCCGCGAGCUCUGUCAGCAGUGUCGCCAGCGAGGUCAAGGAAAGUGUGAGCAGUGCCAUUCCCGCUGUUUCUUCCGCUGUGUCCGAGUCCGUCAGCAGCGCCGCUAGCCAAGUUUCCAGCGCUGUGUCCGGCAGCUCUUCUAGCGUUGCUUCGGAGCCCGACCUGGCGUCCACCAUCAUCCCUGGUCAGGACCAGACCUACAUCGUCGAUAACGAUGGAACGUCGCCUGCAGGCGAUGAAGAGAAUGCCGUGCCUGGAGAGAAGUUGGAAGAGGAGAUCAUCUCUGAGUCGGUCGAGGAUAAGCCUGUUGCUGCAGCCACCGAGUCUGUGAAGCCGGCUUUUCUGGGAGCUGCCGCCCAAUCCGUGCCCAGCCGGGUUCCCAUCUUGGAUGACGACGAAGACGAGGAGAGCAUUUCGUCUAGAGCCCAAGAGGCCUACUCCGCCGCUGUCUCUAAGGCAUCUGAGCAGUACUCGUCCGCCAGCGCCGCCAUCUCCAUUAAGAUCUACGGCACCCCCCAGCCCACGGCUGAGAAGCUGGUGGCGUCUGCCUCUGGUAUCUAUGCAGCUGCCAUCGCGUCAGCGAGUGCCAAGUAUGACGAAGCUGUCAAGGCCGCCUCCAAUGCCCUUUACGGCACCGUGGCUCCCAAGCCUACUCCCUCGUACGACUGGUCCAGCGUCAAGGCUAUCGCAAUGCAGCGUUUGAACGAAGGACGUUUGGCGGCUGAGCAGCAGUACGAGAGCGCCAAGAUUAAGCUUGGCCUAGCUACCGCCACUCCCACUUCCACCGUCGACAAGCUUCUCGAGCAGGCCAAAUACAACUACUACGCCGGCCUCGGUGUGGCUCACGCACGUUACUCUGAAUUCAUGGCCGCCGCCUCGGCUGCCAUGAGCUCCGCGACUGCUACCUCCACCCCAACUAACAUUGCCGGUACCGCAUCUUCGGCUGCAUCCUCAGCUGCAUCAGUUGCCACCCGCUCGGCUGAUGCGGUGGCCUCCGGCGCGCAAAAGGAAGCUAUGGCUGUCGCUUCUGCGGUCAGCGACGGGUUCUCGGCGGCUGCUUCCAUCGUCAGCGAUUCCGUGUCCGCAGGUGUCCAGGAGGUUGUCGAUGCUGCGCAGGCCAUUGAGAAGGGUGUUUCUGACACCUGGGAGGCUGUUGUCAGCCGCGCCAGCGUUCAGAUCUACGGCAAGCCCACUCCCACCGCAUGGUACGAUAACGCCUACAGUGGCGCCGGACAGUACGCCUCGCAGGCUACUGCCGCUGUUGUCGAGAGUCUCGCUGCCGCGCAGGUCCAAGCUGCCAAGCAGUACGAGGACAUGAGCAAGCUCGUCUCUGAGCUCCUUGUGGGCAAGGAGCCUACCGUCUCCGAGAGCGUCCUGGCUCGCUUGCAGGCCGCCUACUCCACGGGCAUCGCCUCCGCUGCCAGCAUUGCCAGUGCUGCUUCCGCAACUGUGUCUUCCGCUGCCUCGGCUGUGACGGAUGCCGUCAAGGAGACCGUUCAGCACGUCCGUGAUGAGUUGUAA